UCCGUAGUGGCGGUUUCUUGACAGCAGGCUGGUUGCAAACAAACCAAACAUCUUCAUCGCUGUUGCCAUGGAGGAAGUCACCCGCCUGGUGUCAACCGGUGACUGUGUGAAGAUCUGGGAUGCUGCUGCCAUGGCACCGCUGGAGCAGUUCAACCCCCACAGCAGCGGCCACCCUGUUGCUCAAGCCAGCUGGAGCUCCAACAACCAGUACCUGGUCAGUGCCAGCAGCAGUGGAGACAAACUGGUGGUUUCCAGCCUCAAGUCCACUCCUGUUCCAGUGGUGGAGCUGGCAGACGGGAAAAAGCAAACCCGUGUGUGUCUGAGUUCAUCAUCCCAGUUUGUUGUCAGUGGCGGUCUGGACCACUGUGUCCACAUCUGGGACCUGAAGAGCAAGCGACUGCACCGCUCCCUCAAAGACCACAAAGAAGAUGUGACGUGUGUGUCCUUCAACGCCAACGACACAUGCGUAGCCUCGGGCUCCAGCAGUGGGGAUUUGGUCCUUCACAGUCUGACCACUAACCUGUCGAGCAGAUUCGGCCACGGGAGCAACCAGCCCAUCCACGACCUGAGGCUGUCCCUACUGAAGCGCUCUCUGCUGGGCAGCAUCUCUGACAGCGGCACCAUGGUGCUGUGGGACUCCAACACCCAGAGAGAGCUCAACGUGUUUGACAGCGCUCAUAAAGCCCCGGGCUCAGGCUUGGCCUUCUCCCCCACCAGCGAUCUGCUCGUGGUCAGCGUUGGCCUGGACAAGAAGAUCAUCUGCUACGACACGGCCAGCAGGAUAGUCCUGAGAUCAAUCCGUGCCGAGAGUCCUCUGACCUCUGUUGACUUCACUCUGGACGGCACCGGUCUGGUGGUGGGGUCAACUCAGGGAAAGAUCUACCAGUACGACCUGAGGAACUCCAGCACCCCCACCAGGAUCACCGUGGCCCACAAGACCUCGGUCACCUGCCUGCGUUUCCAGAGCAACGCCAGCAGACACAAGUCUAGUAAACUGGGAUCCACCAAAAUCUCCAGUACAAGGAAAACCAGCACCAAGUUGUCGAGCAGCCACCCAGAUUCCACCCCCACUGCAGCCCCCGUGCCCCACAGACAGGUGGCCAACACAGCAGGAAGCGCUGGUGUGGAGACGUGUCGAGAGGCCGAGGGGCACCAGGGCCUGGACACGGCUCCUGCUGUAGAGAAGUUCAGCACCGUUGGACGAAACAGCCUGGAUAUCUUCUCUCCUGCCCGGGAAGGUCCAGACUCGGGGGCCCAGGGGACCCCUGGAGAAACCGCAUUUGGAAGAACUCAUGGCACCAGUUUGGAGAUGCUGUCCAGAGAAGGAGAGGGUCAGCCGCUGACGGGCCGGGCCAGCCUGGACAUUUUCUCUCCAAUCCGAGAAGACUCGAGUUCGGGCAGCAGCUCACAGCGGAAGACUCCCCUGGGAACCACGCUGGUGGCAUCUGCAGGGCGAUGCUACAGCCCGCUGUCGGUCUUCCAGUCCCCGCUGACAAUCAAAGAGGAGGAGCCAGUCACUGCUGCAGCUGCAGAAACAUGUGACUCCAGGAAGUCUGACAAAGCCAGCAGUUCCAGCGUGGAGGGGGAGGAUCGGACUACGCCCCCCACAACCCAACAAACCAGCCACAGCCAGCCAGUCCCGCCCUUCUUCACUCCAGAGCCCAGCCUGCGCAGCAGAGCCAACGGCAUCCAAACUCAGCUGGGCUACGACUCACCUGCGUACGGGGCUCCACCCCCAACCACAGCAGGUCCAGCUGUGAUGGCGGCCGUGUCCUCCUCCCUUUCCAAGAACAUUGCAGAUGUGGUUGGACAGGGAGCAGCUGCUCCUCUCACCUCUCUGCAGAUCCAUUUCAUCCAGAACAUGAUCCACGAAACUCUGGAGGAGUUCAGGAACGCCUGCCACAAAGACAUCAUCAACCUGCAGGUGGAAAUGAUCCGCCAGUUUUACAUCCAGCUGACUGAGAUCCACGGUCUGAUAGAGAAAUAUUCUGUCAACGAGUCUCUGGUGGAGGAGAUUGAGAAGCUGCGGGAGGAGAACCGGCGACUGAGGGCCAACUACUGACGUGCUGCUGCAGAACACACUGCUGUCAGACCCUGAGUUCAGGCUGUCAGGCUGCAGGAGGUUUAACGAAGGGCUUGAUGUUUGGAUUCUGCUGAGGGGAAAUUCUGUUCCCCGUGUCGCUGCCUGAGAGACUCGUCUGCUGCAUUUCUACAUUACUCCCUUUCCUGAGCUGAAGUCACCAGCAGCGCCUCCUGCAUCAUGCAUGUGAUGUUCAUGUGUGUUAUGUAGACGGGGACUAACGUGUCCUCAUAUCACAAGUUUGAUAAAAUAUCAAACAUUUGAAGAGGAAAACAAACUUUUGUUAUUGUAAUUUAAUAAAUAUAUAUAAGGUGUCAGCAUGUGAGAUUGAAGGGUUGGUUCAUGUGAGUGUGUGUCAUGUUUUUAUGACACGUUUUGUGUAAAGAUUAAACUUGUGUACAAAGAAA